UGGUCGGCACCAUGGUGACGUCUUCAGACCCGUCUACCUCUGCCGCGGUCGUCAGCCGUACACUGGAGGACGUACUAAAGGCAUUCGAUGACUACAGCAUCCCGUUCCGAAACAUCACAAUGGAAUCCUACAAAUUCAACAACAUUGUUCAAACUGAGGGAAGGCCUUUCAUAGAGUUUGAGACGCAACUCCGUAAGCAGGUACAGUUAUGUGACUACAAAUGUGACUGUGGCCGAACAUACGAAGAACGUAUGUUGCUAGACCGCUUCAUAAUUGGCAUUCAAGAUAAAAGGCUGCAGCUUAAACUCCUUGAAUCCUACAAAUUCAACAACAUUGUUCAAACUGAGGGAAGGCCUUUCAUAGAGUUUGAGACGCAACUCCGUAAGCAGGUACAGUUAUGUGACUACAAAUGUGACUGUGGCCGAACAUACGAAGAACGUAUGUUGCUAGACCGCUUCAUAAUUGGCAUUCAAGAUAAAAGGCUGCAGCUUAAACUCCUUGAAUCAAAAAACAAGAAACUCGAGGAGAUCAUCACUGAGUGCAAAGCCUUUGAAGCGGCCGCAAAAAACAAUGAAUUUCUACGGAAUCCCCAUUAUGAAAGUCCGUUGACGCAGUUGUCCGUCGCUGCUAUAAUUGCGGAGCAAUUUUCAACCCGAAUCAUCUUUCCGAGUGCCGUGCAAAGGAAAUAGCAUGUUACUAUUGCGGAAAAAUUGGACAUUUUUCCAAGUACUGUAAGCAGCAGAAGAAACGAGUGGAUAACAACAACUACAACAGCAGCAAUAGACGAGUGGAUAACAACAACAUCAGCAACAAACAAGUGGAUAACAACAACUACAAAAGCAAGCAGAUAGAUGUGGAUCGCAAGCAAACAGCCGGAGCAGUUAUUAAUUGGAUAGAAUCAGAAUAAGCGAGUGCGGGCUAAACAGACUAAGAUGGACGAAAACAUAUAAAAUAAAUGGAAAAAAUGUUACGUUUAAAGUGGACACAGGCGCUGAUGUUAACUGCAUCCCAAGUGAUUUAGUUAAAGAAUUAAAACUUGAAGUUAAAAAAGAAAACAUUCUAAUUUUUGACUAUAAUAAUGUUAAAGUUAAUAAUUU